AUGGUUGUUGGUCUCUCAUCAUCCAAAGGUGUCCUGGCGUUGCUCGGUGAGAGCGACCCAGAUGUACUCCAGUUUGCCCUUAAACGUCUGCGGGAGCUGGUGGACACCUACUGGUAUGAGAUCAGUCCCGACCUCCCGUUGAUUGAGGAACUUCACGAAUCGUCUGAUCUCUCCGAGGAUACACGAAUGCUUGCUGCCCUUGUCGCCUCUCAUGUGCACUUUCAUCUUGGCGCUUAUAAUGACUCCGUACACUUUGCUCUUGAGGCUGGAACUGCCUUCAACUACGUGGAGCGUUCACUCUUCACCGACACCAUUUUGAGUUGUUGCAUUGAUCAGUUUGUGCAGUAUCAGGAGCAGCCGGAGGAGACACGUGGCAAGCUCGAUCCUCGCCUUGACAAUCUCUUUACUGCACUGACCAAUAAGUGGAUUCUGCAGGAAGGGACACCCGUGCGGGAACUGGUUGGUUUCACCAUUCGUGCCCGCCGCCUUGACUUCCUGGAGAAGGUACUUCGACAGGACAUUGCCCUCACAAAGUCAGCUGUCAUUCUAAACUACACCUUUGACUUGGCAAGUGUUCUGCUGCGGGAUAUUGGUUUUAGGCGGAAAAUACUACGCCUCUUGGCGGAGCUGUACGCUCAGGGUGGUCUGAGCACCAUUGACUACUUCUCCAGGGCACAGUGUCUCCUCUUCCUGGGUGACUCGGCGUCAACGACGAAGCUCAUAGCUGAUUUGAUGCAAUCUGGUGACAAGGCAACAGCCUACCAACUUGCAUUCGACCUUUACGAAUAUGGAAACCAAGAAUUUCUUUCUUCGAUUGUGGCUGCAGUUGAAAGGGCGGCGGCGGCGGAGGCGUAUCCGGCAUUGAUGAUGUUACCCACCCAUAAUGAAAAAGGAACCACUUCGGCAAAAGAGGUAAAUUGCAAAAAACCUACCGACGCACACCAAAAACUUCUUGCUGUUCUUACAGGUGAAACUUCUGCUUCUUUUUACCUGAAAUUCCUCUAUGCUCAAUGCAAUGCAGACAUACACAUUCUCAACCACAUCAAACAGUCUAUUGAUGGAAAAAAAUCUGUGCCACACAAUGCCACUGUGAUUGCCCACGCUCUUAUGUACAGUGGAACUACCAUCGAUGCGUUUCUGCGAGGCAACAUGGAUUGGUUAUCUCGAGCAAAUUAUUGGGCCAAAUUUGUUGUUACGGCCUCCAUUGGUGCCAUUCACCGGGGUCAUAUUGAUGAGGGACUCACGGUGGUGGAGCCGUAUCUACCAAAGGAAAGUGUGGGAAUGUUGCCGUAUCAGGAAGCAGGCGCCCUCUAUGCACUGGGUCUUAUUCAUGCCCCUGUUGUUGUGACUAGAAAUCUUAAAAUGAUUGAAUAUCUUAAAAAUGCUCUACGAAAGUACAGUACCAGUGAACAAAUCAUUCAUGGUGCCUCGUUAGGCAUUGGUCUUGCGGCAAUGGGACUGAAAGAUGAAGAGCUUUUUGACUCUCUUUUUGCUUGCGUAAGUGGUUGUGAUGCCGUCGCAAGUGAGGGUGCGGCUCUUGGCAUAGGAUUGCUCAUGAUGGGAAGCGGGAACCGAGGCGCUAUUCAGAGUAUGCGAGUUCUGGCAGCUGAGGAUAACCAGAAGGAGAAGACUAUCCGAGGCAUUUCCAUGGCUGUAGCAAUCAUGAUGCUUGGUCGAGAAGAUGAGUGCUGGGGGGUGGCGAAUGGACUUCUAGAGGAUUCCGAUCCAUGGGUGCGUUUAGGCGGCUGUUUCAUGCUGGGUUUGGGGUACGCAGGGGCGGAAAAUACAAAGGUUUUGGAACGUUUGUUGAGUGUGGCAGUCAAGGACACCUCGGAUGAUGUUAGGCGCAACGCCACCACUAUGAUUGGGUUCCUUACUAUAAAAGAUCCUACGCUCUGUUUAGAGCUCACCCGUGUCUUGGUUGACAGCUACAAUCCACAUAUCCGCUAUGGUGUGGGUAUGGCGUUGGCGGUGGCAGCCGCAGGAACAGGUGAUUCCGCCGUCAUUGAAGUGCUUUGGACGUUGAAGGACGACUUGGUGGAUUUUGUCCGUCAAGGAGCGUAUAUCGCGCUUGCCAUCGUCAUGGUGCAGUUGACGGCAGCGGAGAAUUCCAAGGUGAAGGAGUUUCGAGACCUUCUCAGCAAAAAGAUUGCAGGUCGCAAAGAAGACAUGUGCUCAAAAUUUGGAAGCAUUAUCGCUACCGGUCUAUUGGACGCCGGAGGUCGCAAUUGCACUUUUGCUCUGCACCGUCAACGUCAUCGCCUGGACAAAGCUGUGGUCGGUAUGUUUGUGUUUUUGCAACACUGGUACUGGUUUCCGUACCUUCUUAUGAUCACGCUGGCGAUGCGGCCAACCUGUUUCAUUGGCCUUAAUGAUAACUUGGAUGUCCCGGAGUACACUUUGAAAUCAAAUGCGCCACCAAGCCGCUUUGCGCUUCCCAAGAGCGUCCUUGCCGAGAAGAAGGAGGCUAGGGCUGCCGCUGUGAAGGCGGUCAUCCUCUCCACCACUAAGAGGGAGGAACAAUUUAACCGGCUGAAGCGGAUGAGCAGCAGUGGCAAGGCACAAGAAACUGCGGCAAAAGGUGCGACUACCUCUGGCGCCGAACCAGCGCUUCCACCGUUAGGUGCGGACACGGAAAAGAAGAAGGAACCGGAGCCGGCCUUUGAACUUUUGAAAAACCCGACUCGUGUGUCGGCCCGACAGUUUGCCAUUAUCUCUCACGAUGUUGACGGACGUUACAUGCCGCUUAAACCCAACCCAACGGGUAUUUGUUUGCUGCAUGAUACAAAGCCCUCUGACGGCAAGCAGAAGAUUGUGAGUGAUGUCGAGUGGAACAGCGCGGACGAUGCCCCGCCGCCCGAGCCGUUCACGUGGCCAUAA